AUGUUCCUUGACAAAAUAAAACCAACUACAGAAAUAAACGACGCAAGACUGAAAGAUUGGGUAAAAGCUUUCCCAUUCACAAAAGAUAUAGUUGGUAACAUGGAAAGAAAACCAGAAUGGCUACAAAAACAUAUAUUUGGAAACGAGCUUAUUCCAUAUGGACAGGCACUGUUUGAAGAGCUUGAACCGGAAACUCAGGACAGAGUCAUGCAAACAAUACGCAAAGACUCAAAUACAAACUAUGACAAACUCUUUCUAGGAUAUAGGUUACCUGAGAUGGGCGACCAGAGCCCAAAGGCAAAAAGGACAUGGGAAAUUUACAACAUACUAGGUGAACAUGAGGCAAAGAUGCAACAACUUGAAGCAGAGGGCAAGUUACCAAAGCGACACCAAAGAAGAAGAGUAGAACAAAGUGA